AUGUCCAUUACUUCGCAUGAAGGAGAAAGUCGGCGAACUGGAAGUCCUGAGAGGUGUUUGCCGAAUACGGAAACUCGUAUGAGAAAUCCAGAAAUCUCGGAAAUCUGCAAAACUGAUGAGUUCAUUCAGAAAGGAGAAGACAUUUUGAUGGAUGCACCUGUAGAUAUGUACAUGGAGGAAAAGAAAAAAAAAACAAACAUCGAUGAGAGUGAAAUACAAGGCGGAGGCCUAAGGCCGAGCACGGAAUAUCGGAAGUUUCUCGGUGAUAUCAAGAUUCAUACAACUUAG